AUGGCGCCUGUUGUCGUCGACUCGCUAGACGCGCGUGACAGCACCAUCGCGCUGCUCAAUGGACACUUGCCGCAGGCAUUGUCACUCCAGCGUCGCCUACACUUUAUGCGCUUCCCCGGAGGCUCGACGGAACACUCACACGUAUUGUUCUGCACCGAUCCGGAGAAGCCAUGGGGUGCAGGAGAUGCCCCGAGACACUUCGCCGCCGCAUACCUAGACUUUUCCAGGGCGCCUGAGACACCGAUGUGGCUAUAUUCAACCCUCGAGGAGGACUCCACCCUGUCGGAGGCGGAGGUGCAAGAGGUCCUCGACUUGGUCUACGCCAUCCUGCGGCAUGUGAAGGCCGAGGCGGCGCGGUACCCGGGCAAACUGCACCGAGAGAACGGCGUCAUGAUCGGAGGCCUGCACGAGGGAACGCGGCAGCUGCUGCUCGCGCGGGGCAUCACCACGGAGACGUACUACAACCCGCACGACAAGUGGCUGUUCCAGGUCUCCGAGCUGCCGACGGGGCUCAAGUCGCCGCUGACAGAUGACAUGAAAUGGGACACGGUGCGGCGCGAGGACUGCGAUCUAAUUGUGUCAAGCACAAAGGUGCCCAAGGCGGAGAGGACGCUCCUCACGCUGCCGAGCACUGUGCUACGGCUUGGGGACGGGACGCCAAUCUCUUGGGGAUUCUUGGGCGUGGAUGGCACGCUGUCUACGCUUCACUGCGAGGUGCCGUGGCGUGGGCGAGGCAUCGCCAAGGCGGUUGCCAUCAAGACCAUACAAGAGCACAGCAAGGACUUUGCGGAUGACGGCUGGGCAUCGGCCGAUGUGCAUCCGGAUAACCUGCAGAGUCAGGGGGUAUGUCGAAGUAUCGGAGGUAAGAAGGCGUGGAGGAACGCAUGGACGGUCGUGGACUACGCCAGCAUAGCGGACUCUAGCUAG